AUGGCGUCGUAUCGGAGCGAAACGACGCUUAUAAAUACUAGAGUUUCCAUAGAAUUUGAAAAGGAGAUUUUACUUUUAUCAGUUUAUAACAUUCGCUGCCACGACACCAACUCUCUGGGAGGAGCGGAAGUUUUCACUGCCGUUUUGAAAAAGCCCGACGGGUUCAAAGGUCAUCCCAUUUUUGCAGAAAACAGAAACAUUAGGGCGGCGGCGGACGAAGAAUGCCAGAUUCGAGAAGACAAAACCAAUCCGUCCAACGUCGUUUACAGGUUGAAAGUUUCCGAUUACGUCAAGUGUCCGGUGGAGCGGAAAAACGAAUUUGUUUCGGUCAGAAUUUGGUUUCCUCAGUUGGACGGAAUCGUCAUGGCCGACGAUCAAGAUGUCGUCGUUAGAUGCAAACCUCCGUUAGCCAUUGUCACCGAACAGAAAGUUACUUCUUUCUCCGGAAGCAUGCCUCCGAGUGGAAGAGUUUCGGGAGUGGUGGAAGGAGAUCCCGGAGAGCUGGUUUAUAAUAUAGGAUUAUAUCAGGAAUCAACGCCUAGGAGUAAUAAUUUCGAUUUAGACGUGGAAGAAAUUGUUCCGAUAGGAACGAUGCUGCAGCUUAGAGCCAAUAUCAAUAAUAAAUCUGCCUGGAAGUACGUCAAACUAUUAGAAGUGACAGUUUCCGCCGACGAGAACGACCCUUAUCAUAAAGGACACAUAACAUUAGUUAAAAAUGGGUGUAGAGUUAAAGAAUACGACACUAUCGUUCCCAAUCAACCUAAGAGGCCCGCGGAUAACACGGCGGAAGUCAGCAUGAAUUUUCAAGCAUUUCUACUGGACAACACGGAAGAAAAUGGGAAACUAUGGAUACACACGCAGAUCAAGGCUUGCUUGGAGGCCACCGAUUGCUUAGCGGAAUUUUGUUUGGAUUUGUAUCAGCCUUCGGGCCACGGAAGGAAGAGGAGAAGUUCGGAUAAUUCCACAGGAACUAAUCGACACGCGAGAAAAUCAGAUUCCACUUCCAUUGGCGAAAAUAUCGGAAUAACAGUAUCCUUGCCUGGAACUAAUUCUUUUGAUUUUAAGGUCUUUAAGGACAACUUUCAUUUUAAUUUACAUUUGUACGGAUUUUUUCAUUGUAAUUCACGCUUGAAAGUGGCCGCUCGCUGCGUCAUUUUCGUCAUCACUUUUCAAUAUUAUUUUAUUAAAUUGAAUCUUUUAUUCGAGCGAAUAAUUUUUCGGCAAAAUAACGUAUUUGAUUAUUAUUUUUCGGCAGAAGAUUCGACGUUUAAGAAGUUGGAAAGCAUGGAGACUUGUACGUCCUUCUUGGCCUUAACUGCCGUGUUGGCAAUUCUUUUAUUAUUGUCUAUUUGUCUGUCCGGAAUACUCUACCGUCACAUACAGCGAUUACGAAUAGAAUCCAAGUUACUUCCGAUUUACUUGGGAUCCACGUCGAAGGUCGUCGAUAGAAAAAAUUUCAAUCCGAAGAAGGAAACGAUCGAAUGUGAAGAUAAGAAGAGGAGCUCGUGCAGAAAAUUUCGACUCGGACACCCGAAAUAUUGA